AAUUCGCAGACCAUUUUACAGUUUUCUCUGGUCUUUUCUACGAGUUCUAAUUUCAAUCUAUAUUUAGACGUUGUUUUUAAUUAAUAUAGUUUUCUUAUUAAUUAUUCACCGGAUCAUCUAGACCAAGGAUCUGAGAGAUAUUCUCAUAUUACCAGUAGAGCCAACAAGAUUAACAUGAUGUCGAAGUUAUAAACGUAAAGUAAAACUAUGGGUUAGUUAUGUCGGGACAGACAGUAUUUAACGUCCAUCUAGAUGUUUUUGAUCAGUUGGCUAUAGUAGCAGGAGCUUUUACUCUGUUAGCUAUAGCUGUAUUAAUACUAGUCUGUAUUCUCAGUCCUGAUUGUUAUAUGUAUAAAUGUUGUCCUUUUAACCUACGAGAGGAUGAAAAACCAAUCGAAAAGGCCGUUGUUUACGGUUCAACUGAGGGUAAACCAUUCCGUGCCACCAUUAAAGAGAAACCGGUUCCAGCAUACUGGCAUACCAUGGGAACGCUUAAAGAAUCGGACAUGUCGGACAGUUUGUCGGACGCCGGAACUGGAGAUGUAAUUGAACUGAAACACGAUCGAGUGAAAAGAAAUCCAAGUAAAUAUUCUUCUUCAAGUUCUACAGGAUCGGUCUCACCAACACCCACACACGUGCCUUUAAACGGACGAAUUCUGUUCACUCUAAUGUACGACCGUGUUGACAGUAAACUGAAUAUAAAAAUACAGCAAUUAGUGAAUUUCAGCGCGACAGAACCAGACGGCGCCACGGCUCCGUAUAUCAAAGUUCGUCUGUACAGAACGCCAAAAAACUUCUUCACUUUCCGCGGGAAACUAGGGAAAGAUAACUCUGGUCAGAAUUUAGACGUUGAAUUACAGACGAAGAUACAAAGACGAAGUGAUGACCCAGUUUUUAACGAAGUUUUCACGAAAUCAAUUGAACAACAAGAAAUCGGCAACUAUUCUCUCAAACUUUUAAUCUGUGAUUUUGAUCGAUAUACCCGCCAUAUUGUUUUAGGCGAGGUCGUGGUUCAGUUGGCCAAAGUUGAUUGGCUGACACAAACGGAAGUAAAAUUCGAUGAACAAAUCGGACAACCAGUUGAGGAAAACCUGGGCGAAAUGAACGUAUCCCUGAUGUUUUUACCAACAGCUGAGAAACUCACUAUUACUAUUAUUAAAGCUCAAGGGUUAAAGGUCAUGGACCCCCAAAAGAACACCACAGAUUGUUGUGUAAAGGUUGUUUUAAUGUACGAUGGUCGACAGAUGAAAAAAGCUAAAACCACCGUCAAACCAAAUGAUUUAAAUCCAGUUUAUAAUGAAAGUAUAACGUUUGAUGUCCCUCAGUAUCAACUGGAGAAUGUCUAUCUCAGUGUUUCCGCGAUUCAUCAGGACGUAGAAAGUGAUAAGAAGGCGUUGAUUGGUCGGUUAUAUUUAGGCACUAAUUUUGAAUGUGAUGCUAAGGACCAAUGGGUGGAGAUGAUGCAUAAUCCCCGGAAACAGAUCAUGUGUUGGCAUAAAUUACAAAGUUGA